UAUCGUUUUCUCUAGCAGAUACGUCAUGACUAGCAAUGAACAGGUGCAACCUCUGCCAAAAACCUUUGCGUAUUUGUCAUGGCAGAAAAGCUACAUUGUUGAGAAGCAAGAAAGCUCGCCAGUGGUCACAGUGCAAUGACAGCCGACCAGUUGACAACUAUGAUUAAUGGUAAAGACAUAAAUAUGGACACAUUAUAUAGGCAUCUACAUACAUUUGAAGGACGCUUUUCCAUGUUUGCAAACGUGAAAACGACGCAUUUAAUUGCAGGUGAAGGUUGCAAAUCGGCAUCAUAAAUUGACAAACCAGAAACCAUGUCUCUUCGUGUAAGACUUUUGUUCAGCUUUCCACAUUAUCAGAUCCUUGCAUUGACAAUAAUUCUGUCACUGGUAGGUUUAAGUGAAAUAGUGCUUUCUGUCCUUGGCUAUGUACAGAAGAUAUGGGGCCACGAGAUGGGAGGAGGUGUAUGGGGUGGAGCCGCUGCUGCUGUUGCUGGUGUUUCUGGUAUUUUGGCAGCAAAUAAGAAAGGUGUAAACAUUGUAAGGGUAUUUCUUAUUGCUUCUGUACUAUCUUGUCUCCUGUCGAUUCCUGUAGUGGUGUUAUCAGCCGGUGGACUCGAUUUAAAUAGUGGAUUUUACCGUGAUAUACAAGAGUAUGUGGAAAUUAACUACAGUUCCACAAAGCUUGUCCAUGGAUUUUUACUGGCAUUGGCUGUGAUUCAAUUUGCCAUAUGUCUGGCAACAACUCUUGUCUGUUUGAAACAUCUAUACUGGAAUGAAUGGGUAAUUAAAAAGCAACAUGCACGACAUCUUAGACAGAUAAAAGAGGAAAAUAAAACAAGUAGACAUAGAGCAAAUCGUGCAAGCACUAGUAGCAGUUGUGCACUGUUAACAACAACAAAUUCUGGAGAAAAUCCCAAUGACAGACAUCACAGACGCAAACCUCGAAGGAAACGGAGGAGAAGAAGCCGAGAAAAUAGCAGUCAAGAAAAUGACCCUGCAGUAAAUCAGGAGUCACACAUUAAUAUUCAUGGUGAGCAAAGACAUGGACAGAGUCACAAAAGGGAGAGUAGACUUGAAGCUCCAAACUCUGCAAAUGUUCCACCCAUAUCUGAUGCAUCAAGAAUCCCAGAAGUUGGGUCAAAUUUAAUGAGUGUCAGUAGUGCUGAGAUACCAUCACAUACUGUUGGAAGUAAUGGGUAUGACUCUCUAAGACCAGACGAGGAGUUUGAAAGUUUACAACCUCCAUUACCUAUAGAGGAAGAUGAAGAACUGCCUCCUUAUGAGGCAACAUUAAUGCCUGUUGAUGAAGAAUCCGUGUUUCCAAUGUCAAUAAGUGAAAAUGCAUCAUGUAGUUCAUCGAUUUCAUCAGGAGAUGAAGAAGUACAAGCAUGGGACAGCGUAUCUCAAAUACAGAAUCGUACAACUAGCCCUACCAGUCUUAACUGUGCACAGGAAACGGAUGUUAAAUUUAAAUACUGUCCUACAGUUUCUGUGCUAUCUGACUCUUCUUCACUGCCGAUUGGUUCAAAAGUGAUGGAAAGCAGUGAAAACAAUGCAUUUGGACACAAGGGCAAGAAUGACAAAACUAAAAAUGCAAUAAGUGAUCCACAAGGUGUGUCUUACCAUGAAUUUUCAAGAGAUGGUGAUCAAAUACUGGGAAGGGAAAAACAGAGGACACAAAGUUUUGUAAGGGAGCGCGCAAUGGCUAAGGAGGGUGCGAAGAGUGCCAGUGGGAAAAGCUCUGUCCAGGAUAACUCUGAGAGAGAAGAUGAUAAAUUAACAUUUAUCUCUCCUUUGGACAAUGAGGAAAUACAAAAAUUCUGUUUGAUACCUGAGGCCUAUCAACCCCCGCCCAAACCUCCUCGGCAAAGUAUGAAUGAAUCUUGUACCAUGCAUGAAAUACUACAGCAAAAAGGAUCAGAUUUCCUUCAAAAUAAAUAUGAUAGCAAUGAUUCUACAUCAUCUCUCUCAAAAGACAUUCGAUUCAUAAAGGAAGGACCUCCUAUACAAUACGCUCCUUCAGCUGAGCUAAUGUUGCCAGAAAUGGCAGUGUCACCAUUCUCGGAGGUUUCUUGGCAUUUACUGAAAGAUUUCCCAUCAAAACAAUCAAAGUCAGAAACUAAUGUUAGAAUGGGUGCCAGACCAAAAGUGCAGUCUGAUAACGAGGUUGUGCCUCUUGGUAUUCAAAAUCGUGUGGUCAAGAGUGAGUUACAAAAAACAAGGGUUUUGGUUGAACCUGUACAAUCACCUGAUCUGGCUUUAUCAAAAGAAAGCAGCCCCCACAAUGUUUCUGAUUCAGUUCACUAUAGACAAAGGCAGCUCCGUCAACCACCAAGGUUUUCUUACCCACCAAAAUCAAUGAAUUAUCCAACUGCUUCAUCAGAUUUUAAACAUCUUCAGGUAUCACCAAAUUCAUCAAAAGGAAAAGAAAGCGAUCGAUCAUUUUGUUUAACUGCAAUGAAUAUUUCUCAGUUUUCACCCACUCAGACAAGUACUUUGAAAAAAGAUGUGGAUGAUCGUGUUCGCAAAUCAAAAGCAGCUCCUGCCAUUGAAUUGGGUUCUAACACUGUUGUCCCAGUUAAAGAGAAAGCAGAGUAUUCAAAUUAUAAUAGACCCAAGUACGAGAUGAUGAAUCCAAAACCAAGUGUAUCUGAAGGACCAAUUUCACACAGUCAUACACAUACUAAAGAUACUGAGUUGCAUAAACAAGCAAAUACGGACAAGGUCACUAGGAAAAAAAGUGACAACCCUUCUCCAGACAGUGUGUUUUAUACUAGUACUCGUGAAGCUUCAGCUUAUGAAUACCUUCAUAGAGAUGACUCUGAUAUAUUGAAUGACUUGAUGCCAGUGAGAACAGACCAAACUUCCAACAUACCUGGUGUAAGGGAAGAAGGCACUGCUCAUACAACUUUCCUACACAACACCCAGCAAGAUGUAUCACAAUCAGCUGUCAUUAACCAGUCACCUCCUACACAACCUAUUCCUUUACAACCGUCAAAUCCUACACAAAGCCUUUCACAACAGUCAAAUCCUACACAAAGCCUUUCACAACAGUCAAAUCCUACACAAAGUCCUCCACAACAGUCAAAUCCUACACAAAGCCUUUCACAACAGUCAAAUCCUACACAAAGUCUUUCACAACAGUCAAAUCCUACACAGCCUUUCACAACAGUCAAAUCCUACACAAAGCCUUUCACAACAGUCAAAUCCUACACAAAGCCUUUCACAACAGUCAAAUCCUACACAAAGUCCUCCACAACAGUCAAAUCCUACACAAAGCCUUUCACAACAGUCAAAUCCUACACAAAGCCUUUCACAACAGUCAAAUCCUACACAAAGCCUUUCACAACAGUCAAAUCCUACACAAAGCCUUUCACAACAGUCAAAUCCUACACAAAGUCCUCCACAACAGUCAAAUCCUACACAAAGUCCUCCACAACAGUCAAAUCCUACACAAAGUCCUCCACAACAGUCAAAUUCUACACAAAGUCCUCCACAACAGUCAAAUCCUACACAAAGUCCUUCACAACAGUCAAAUCCUACACAAAGUCCUCCACAACAGUCAAAUCCUACACAAAGUCCUCCACAACAGUCAAAUCCUACACGAACAAAGCCUAUGUAUAGUUUGUUGUUAUGAACAUAUAUGUAAAGUGCUUUCAAUAUUAGCUUUUAACAUGUAAAAUGUAUCAUGUUGGAUGUAAUAAAAAUAUAGUUAGGUGUGCUAGUUAAUCAAAAAUCAAUAAAUAUAUAGUGAUGCUAUAGUGGUGAACAAUCUAGGGUCUUGUAACUAACUUAUAAAUUAUAACUUUACCCAUGGCCAAGCCCAAAACGGAAGAAUUUCGCUUCAGGUGUGUCACCUGGCACUCCUCCAGGCAAUUGCUGAUUAUCCUUAAGUUAAAUGUAACUUCAUUAGUAUAAAAAAAAGUUAUAGUGUUCCAUUGUGUUUAUUUUCCAAAACUUUUUUUUAAUGAAAUCAGUGUUUAAAAAACCAUAGACCCACAGAAUCCUUUUGUUUAAA